UAACUAUCCUGUGAAAUGCUUAAUUCCCAGGGCAAGAAAAAUUCUUAGAGGAGUUUAGAAUGUCAAUUCCAUUACAAUUUAGCAUUUUCCCUUUUUUCUGAAGACUGGGAAAUUUGGGAUGUACUAUCCAUUAUCAGAGCUAAUAUUCACUGAGUACUUAGCAUAGGCUGGCAACUGUUCUAAGGGUUUUAUAUAUAAUAUAUCUAUUUAAUCCUCCUUAUAAUCAUAGAUAGGUGCUAAUUAUCCUCCUUCUAAUUUUGCAAAUAAGGAAAUUGAUGCACAUGGAAAUUAUAGUUCGCCUAGAAGGAUUUGUAGAUGGAUUUAUUACCAGACAACUGCUAUAUUAUUUUACAUCUCUCUUAUUGUUUGCAUCUGCAUACUACAGGACAAAGUCACCUGUACUCUACAUGAGAAAAACUCAUCUGUGGUCUUUGAGUGAUAGUUAGACAGAUGAGAAAUGUUUCCAAAGGUUUUCACAUUUCUAAAAGCAUUUUGAGAACGCAUAUCUGAGACCAUUCCUGAAUUUUUAACCCCAGCGUCACCAAUUCAGAAUUUCCUGUGUAUACUGAAGUUUACCUUAAGAAAUGGUCAAUUCCUUUGAAGCCAAAGAUCUCUCUUAGGAUUUCUUGCUUCUCAUCCAUAAAUCCUUUCUGAUUAGGGACUUAAGGACGGGCCAGAAGCCAUCUCCAGUCGUCUUCAGAAUCUUGUGGGAUAUUGAUCAAGGGGUGGGGAAGUAGGGGGGGAGGUUGGGUGUUUUCCUCAGAUAUCAUAGCUGGGAUCUCGGGGUCUCGUUCUCUUCUGCUUAUUUGCACCUAUUGGAAAGUCUGUCUCUCCUCCUCCCCCUCCCUCAUACAUAUGCCUCUUUGGAGGCGAAUUGUCUUCUUUGUUUUUUAAUCUUUACUGCCCUAACACUGACUAUGGUACUUUAUACAUGUGAAUGUACUUGGGUUGAAAUUUCACUUAUUUUACCAUUAGUAAUCAUUUAAGUCACAGAAAAAAUCCACGUUAAUAUUAAGUUUAAGUGGUCAUUCAGUUUUAAAGCUUUUGACAUGGAGAUUGUUUUAGUUGUAGAGAAUAAAUUAACACAAUUAAAUAUAUCUAAGCAGCUUUGAUUUUAAACUCAAUGAAUCAAUAAGUAUUUGUUAAAUUUUGAAUUAUGUAUCUAAAUCUUUUCUUGGUACCCGAAAUAGGCUUGUUUCUUCUGUGGGGAAAACAUCAAAAUACCAAGUCACAGUGCGUGUUUUAAAAUGCAUAAGAAAGUUUUGGAUGUUGUGAGUUCCAGUUAAUUGCUUGGGAACUUUGCCAUUUCAGAAAGGUUAAGUAGCAUGCCCAAGGUCAUAUACCGAUAAAUGUUAGACCAGUGAUCGGAUUGUCUGCCUUCACAUUCCAGAUAUUUCCUUACACUGUUUUGCAGUGUAAAUAGGUGGUUAAGAAGAUGCCAAAGUAGAUAUCUGGGUCAUCUUCUGAGAAGGCAGCUUUCAAUUAGAUGUAGAAUUUUGUUCUACCGUCCAUGUUUCUGGACAUUUUUAGGGUAACCCCAGUGAAAUCAGAUGGAUGUGUUAACAUUCACAUUUUCAAGGACACAGUUUUAAAUAUGAGUUCCCACAUUCUCCAGCUGUAUGACCUUGAACAGGUUAGUUAGUUUCUCUAAGCUUCAUUUUUCUCAUUUAUAAAAUAGCUAUAAUUCCUAUCCCCUCCUGCCAACAUUUUAUGAGAAUUAUAUGAGAUAAUAUUAGUGCGUGACAUUUAUAGACAUUUGACAAAUGUUGGUUCUCUUAGCCCCCUCCUGGGGUUGCUAAGAAUGGAUGGAAUCUUGCCAUCACAGAGUGGAGAAUUUUCUUUUUUUCUUAUCUUCAUACUCUCUGAACUUAUAUGUAGAAGUCCUUCAACUUAGCACAUGCCUGAUUAAUAUUUGUUAAACCAUAUUCCAAAGGUAUCAGAAAGACUGAGUUCUGAAACAGAAAAUUGUAUUCCAUUGGCAAAUUUAGUAGCAGACUAUUGUUUAUGACCAUACAGCUGAAAAUUACUGAGCCAUAUUUGGUAGUUUAUACCCUCUAUCAAGACAGAUAGGUCUCUUGGGCCUGCCUCUUAUAAGGGGCCCCAAAAUGUUACACAGUAUGGAUAAGAAAAAGGCUUUAUGGAGGAAAGAGAAACUCACCAGGAGCUCUCUGGUCAGAAAGACAGAAAUGCAUGAAGUGCCUCAUUUUGCAUCAUCCUAUAGAAAAGCAUUUCAAAGCUGGGACUUUAGCUAAAUGGAAAACUACCUUGUCCUUACUUUUCUCGCUUAGCCUUCGAUCAGACUGGCCAUGGUUCUUACAUAGGUAUUUGGAUGGGCAUAGACGAUCAAGUCCAGACUCCCCAUAUUACCUUCACAGAGCGCUUUGAAGGAUCUGGCCCCACUUACCUUGCCUACAUGAUCUCCCACUGCUCUGUAAUGGGUGAGCCCCACCUCAUCCUUUGUUUUUCACUUCCUCAUCUACUCCUUUCCCCUUUUUUCUUUAAGAUCCAAUUCAAACACAUCUUCUUCAAUGAAGCAUCUCUGAACAUGUACCAGAAUAAUCAAUCUAGUCACUGCUAUCACUAUGCCAUCUGUGCUCCCUGUUACAGUGCCUAUCCAUCUGCAUUGUCACUCUCACCAGACUUCCAGUUCCCUGAGGGUGGAGACCAUGUCUUAAUCAAUCUUUCAUUCAUUUAUGCAUUCAAUGACAUCUAUCCAGGGCCUGUUAUGUGCAGGGACUGUGCUGGGUCCUGGAGAUACAGUGGUGAGUAAAAGCACAUGUGAUCCCUGCCCCCAUGGAGCUCACCAUCUAGUUGGAGAGACAGACGUCACCAAGUACUCACCAAGACAGAGCUACAUCUGCACCUGUGACUUUGUUAUGACUGGGGGGCAUAUGGUGUCAUGAUGCCAGCACCAAGGGGAGUUGACGCGGGGAGGUCAGGGAAGCCUCCACGAGAAGUGAAGAUUGAGCUGUGAGGGACUGGAACACAGCCUGUCUGGCUUCAAGCCUACGCGGUCACACUGUACCUGCUCGGAGUGGUCAUGCUGCAGGCUUGGGUCAAUGAGAGAGAGCAGGUGAAAGACAGUAGGAUCACUUAUCUCAGUUUAAGUUGUUAAAAGUUAAUUCUACUAGAACUGCAACAUGACACUGGGUGAUUAGGAAGAAGUAAUAACCAAAAUAAAACUAAUAAAAAUAAAUCCUCAAUAUGCAUUUUCUAUUUAUUAAUCCAAAUCUUAUUUCUCAACUGAAAGUCAUCAAUACAAAGUCACUGUACCCUACUUCUAGCUCCCACAAUAUCCUCCCCUCCCCCAACACACACACACAAAGGUGGAUUUAUAAUCGCAUAGCACGUGCAGGCCAAUAUUGAUUCUUCAGGGCCCAUGGCCUAGGGGAUUCCACAGUCAGAGACGAAAGGAGAUACUUGUAUGGAACUAGAACUCUCUUGGUACAGUUAUUCUUCUAGUCCACAUGUGUCCAGAGCUGACCAGGCUCUUGAACUUAUAAAAGAAAUACUGUAGAAGGCCUCAUCCCUGUUCUGAAGGAGCUCACUGCUCCUUCAUGUAUGAAUGUAUUCAGACAUGUAUGAAUAAACAUUUGAGGAAGCCAUUCGAGACCUGGUAUAACAAAGUGCUACAAUUGUCAGGACAGAGGAGGUAGGUUUUCACAGAGAAAGAACACCUUGUUCUGGCCACAAUAGUCUGGAAGACUUCGAGAAGCCGGCCGGCUUGAGUCAUGCCCUGAAAGGUUUGGAUUAGAGAAAAAGAAACAGUAACUACUAACGUGUAUUGUAUGCCUAUUACAUCCUGGGCACCGUGCUAGGCAAUGUUUUAUUUCACUUCGGUCUCAUCACAGUCUUGCAAAGCAUAUCUGCAUAUCCCUGUUUUACAGGUAAGGAAACUAAAAUUUUUGGUUAAUGUUAUCAAAUAUUGUCUACAUUGCACAAUUUCUUUCUUAGACCUUCCUUUAUAUUUUCAUACUUUCUUGUUAGAGAAAUACACCAACUUCAUCAUGAUUGAAGACAACAAGGAAAACAAAGACCAUUCUUUAGACAGGGGAAGAGCAACUCUCAUUUUUUCCUUAAAGAAUGAAGUUGGAGGACUUAUAAAAGCCCUGAAAAUCUUCCAGCUACCCAAAUUGGUGAGAGAAGAUGCCCUCCUCCCACAGGAGAAGCAUGUGAACCUGUUACAUAUCGAGUCCCGAAAGUCAAAGAGGAGAAACUCAGAAUUUGAGAUUUUUAUUGACUGUGAUAUCAACAGAGAACAACUGAAUGAUAUUUUUCACCUCUUGAAGUCUCAUACUAAUGUUCUCUCUGUGAAUCCACCAGAUAAUUUCACUGUGAAAGAAGAUGAUAUGGAAACUGUUCCUUGGUUUCCAAAGAAGAUUUCUGACCUGGACCUUUGUGCCAACAGAGUUCUGAUGUAUGGAUCUGAACUAGAUGCGGACCAUCCUGGCUUCAAAGACAAUGUCUACCGUAAAAGACGAAAGUAUUUUGCAGACUUGGCUAUGAACUAUAAACAUGGAGACCCCAUUCCUAAGGUUGAAUUCACUGAAGAGGAGAUUAAGACGUGGGGUACUGUGUUCCGAGAGCUCAACAAACUUUAUCCAACCCAUGCGUGCAGAGAGUAUCUCAAAAACUUACCUUUGCUUUCUAAAUAUUGUGGAUACCGGGAAGAUAAUAUCCCACAACUGGAAGAUGUCUCAAACUUUUUAAAAGAGCGCACAGGUUUUUCCAUUCGUCCUGUAGCUGGUUACUUAUCACCAAGAGAUUUCUUAUCAGGUUUAGCCUUUCGAGUUUUUCACUGCACACAGUAUGUGAGACACAGUUCAGAUCCCCUCUACACCCCAGAGCCAGAUACCUGCCAUGAACUCUUAGGUCAUGUCCCCCUUUUGGCUGAACCUAGCUUUGCUCAGUUCUCCCAAGAAAUUGGCCUGGCUUCCCUUGGAGCUUCAGAGGAGGCUGUUCAAAAACUGGCAACGUGCUACUUUUUCACUGUGGAGUUUGGUCUGUGUAAACAAGACGGGCAGCUGAGAGUCUUUGGUGCUGGAUUACUCUCUUCUAUCAGCGAACUCAAACAUGCACUUUCUGGCCAUGCCAAAGUAAAGCCCUUUGAUCCCAAGAUUACCUGCAAGCAGGAGUGUCUCAUCACAACUUUUCAGGAUGUCUACUUUGUGUCUGAAAGCUUCGAAGAUGCAAAGGAGAAGAUGAGAGAAUUUACCAAAACAAUUAAGCGUCCAUUUGGAGUGAAGUAUAAUCCAUAUACACGAAGUAUUCAGAUCUUGAAAGACACCAAGAGCAUAACCAGCGCCAUGACCGAGCUUCAGCAUGACCUCGAUGUUGUCAGUGAUGCCCUUGCUAAGGUCGGCAGGCAGCUGAGCAUCUGAUGUCGCCAGUCCUAAUCCUGAGAGCAGCUGAGCAUCAAUUCAGAGGCCUGUGGGCCAACUCUUGCUUUUCUUGAAGAGCUGGUUGUGGGGGGGACUGCAGCCAAACAAUAUUCUCUAUUCCCAUCUCUUAAUGGAUCAUUAGUCUUUGAAAAUUUGUACCUGGAUACUCUAGCUACAACUUAUUCUUUUUCUAACAUCUUUAGUGAAAUAUGAUUCACAUACCAUACAAUUCAUUGACCACUUGCUUUUCAUAGAGAACUUGUUUGACCCAAUGGAUAGAUCUAGUCCCAGCCUGAUUCUAUUUUCCUCAAUCCUUCUUGGCAAAAUGACAUUUAUAAUCAUUUGAAGUAUCUUAAUGGGGUAUUAUGGAGCUGAUUCAUAUUGUUAUCUAAGAUCCUCUUAUUUCUGAAGUGUCUUACUUAUCGAUGAAUUUGUGCCAAGCUUGGUCACAUUCACAUGCCUAAAUUUAGUAGCCCAACUGUCUCCUCUGGUAGCAUGAGCAAAGUGUAGAGGCCUUUGCACACGAAACAUACCCAGUAAAGAGCAAGUAGUCUAGUUCAGGUGUAGUUUCCUGCAGGAAAAUAGUAGCGGCAAAGUCUGGAAAGGUUGAUUGGGGUAUAAUCCUUGAGAUCAGGCUAAGAAUUUGGGACUUUUUUUUGUAGCCACUAGGGAGUCCCUUCCAAGUGACCAUCUUCCUUGAAACUCUUUUUCCUGUCUAUGGCAUUGCAUCAUGCUGGUUUGUUUUAGAUUAUCUGUCCUACUCGUGGGGCCAAGGGGAACUUGGUGGGGGUGCCACUUGCAAGGCCCAUGUAUCGUGAUGAGAUUGUCCUCUGGUUAGCAGGAGACAGCACUGCCAAAAGGAGAGUUCAAACUGAGAGACAAGAGAGAAGCACAAAGUUAAAGGUGGAAAAGCAGUGUCAAGUACUUUAUUUCCAAGGUAUAAGGUGAGACUGUAAAUAGGAAGGCAAGUCAUGAGGGUAGAGGGUGAGGAAAUAAAGAAGAAGUGGAAUGUAAGAAAGAUCAAGAAGACCAUUUCAGACCCACCACUGUAAUAAUGCAAGGGGUUGCAAGGAUUGGUUAUGUCGGCUGUAUAGUUCAGGGAGUACUGAUGGUGCUGUAGUACAGGCUUGAUAUAAAUGAGUGAAGCUGAA